AUGACAUACUGGCCAACGUACCGUACUGUAGGUGACCCGUACUGUAUCCUUAUCCACAGUUUGACGGAAAGCACCGAGAAGAUGCGAUUGAGGUGUCUAGCCAUGGUACGGUUGAGAUAUUUGAAGUCAGUCAAGAUGGAAGCUGAACUUCUUGUUUUUGCCUUUUUCACCACAUUAGUUACCGUUGAUGGAGCAAUAACAUCAAGUCCUGAAGAUAUUGAAGUUUGUGUAGGAACAGAUGCUACAAUUCCUUGGAAUUAUGAUGAUGCUGACGACACCAUUAACUCUGUUGUUUGGACAUUUAAUACCACUACAGAUAUUAUGACAUAUUUUGGUGGUGGGGGUACUAGAGACCCAGAAAAUGGAUACAAUGUGAUUGCUGCAAACAAUUUUGGAAGUAUAACAAUUACAAAUGCCCAAAGAAAUAAUACUGGAAAAUACGAGAUUGUAGUUACUGCUUCACAAACAACAUCAGACCAGGUGGAUUUAUUAGUCUGUGAGUCUGCAUCAGAUUUAAAAGGAACAAAAGCAGGUUUAGUAAUGCAGUGUACAGCAAAUUUAGGAGAGCCUGAAGCAACUUUGUACAUCAAG